CAUAUUUUAAAUUGUUAGACACGUCCUCUCAAAAACCCUCAUAAACCCCCAAUUUGCUGCCAUGAAAACAACAUACUAAAAGCUGAUGAAAUGAAGCAUUCAACCAUUAACAUCCGUCUCAUAUUCAUUGGUUUUCGAAGAUUAAGACUUUUUUCUACAUCUGAAAAACCACCAACUAAUCCCAACUCCAACAAUGUCAUCAGCGAAUGUGAAUCAUUCUCUAAGCGGUCUAAUCGAAUCCAAUACAACAAAAUAAACAAAUACUAUCUUAGCAGAAGAUUAUUGUCUGUAUUGUCCACUGGUGAGAAACUUUCGGAUGUUUUGGAUGAGCUCUCCAGAAAUUCCAGCAAGAUUUUGAAUGAAACCCAAAUUUUUGAUUGCCUUAAGAUGUUUCGUAGCUAUGGCAAAUACCAACAUUGCCUUGAGAUACUGGAAUGGUUAGACGAAGGUAAAUUUUAUCAUACAGACCGGGAAUAUGCACUGCGCGUAAAUAUAAUAUACAAAGUUAAGGGCUUAAACGAAGCCGAAAAGUACUUUGACGGUCUUCCUCCUAACGCGAAGAAAAAAUCGACCUAUGGGGCUCUUUUAAAUUGCUACUGUUCGGAAAAUAUGACUGAUAAAGCACUUGGUCUGUUUGAAAAGAUGGACGAGAUGAACUAUGCGUCUAACGACAAUGCGUUUAGCAACCUUAUGUGUCUCUAUCUUAAAGUAGACCAUCCCGAGAAAGUGCCUCCUCUUGUAGAGGAGAUGAAGCGGAGAAACAUUCCGCUACACAGUUUCUCGUACCAAACGUGGAUUGAGAGCUAUGCACGUGUGAAUGAUCUUGAAGGCGUAGAACGAGUUAUGGGUGAGGUUCGAAAUAACGAGCAUCUUAAGAAUGACGGGAAAAUAUAUAGCUGCCACGCCUUGGUGUAUAUCAAGGUUGGUUUGCAUCGGAAAGCUGUUCUAUCGUUGAAAAAGACCGAGGAAAUUAUAGAUGGUUCGGUUAAUGUUGAUCACGCUUUAUACCGGUCUCUGAUUGCCCAUUAUGCCGAUGUUGGUGAUUCAGUGUCGGUUUCUAGAGUGUGGGACAAGCUUAAGUUAAAGUUCAAAGCUUGUAACAAUGCAAAUUACUUAGCAAUGCUUCAAGCUCUGUCCAAGCUCGACAAUCUCGAGCAUCUAAAGAUGUGCUACAAGGAGUGGAGCUCGAGGUAUAAGAUUUACGAUUCCAGGUUAUCGAGUUGCGUUAUAAAGUUUUACUUGGCAUGUGACAUGUUUGAUGAGGCUGAAAUCGUGCUAAACGAUGCUGUAGAUAGAGCCGGACAAAAAUUAUGGCCUCUUCAUGUCCCGUUUGUGGAUUACUUCUUGGAAAAACGCGAGAUUGAUUCUGCUCUGAAGCAUUUAGAAGUGGCGUUGGCUGAUCAAUGGCCUUGGCAGCGAUAUGCAGAAAAGUUCGAUCAAUUUUUCGAGUAUUUUACUGAAAAGAAGGAUGCUGAUGGUGCUGAGAAACUAUCCCAAAUGUUGCAAAAAACUUGUCCUCUGCCUCUUACUGUCCAAUUGGGUUUGCUUCAGAGUUAUGCAGCUGCCGGGAUACCAAUGCCUGCAAUGCAUCAAAGGAUGGCGCUAUGUGGAUUGUCGAAUUGAGAUCGGAACCAAGCAUGAGGAAGGUAUAAUCUGAUCGAGUUAGGAGUAGGAGGUGUUCAAAACAGACUCGAUGAUUCAAUAUUUACCUGACCUUGGAACCUAAUCUGAUUUAACCCGACUUCAAAAUGAAUUUUAAAUAAUGUAUAAUCAAUAUACACACAAGACCCGAUGUUAAACCGGCCUGAACACCUGAUCUGUAACUGACUCGAUGACUCGAAUGAACAACUCUAGUAUGAAGUAUUGACUUUUUUACCUCUAGAUUGUCCUUGGACUCCAAGUCUAGAUAUUAGAAUUCAUAAUCUUGCCAGACCCGAAGCGGAUCAAUCUAGACCCAACCUAAUGACCUAAAUUUUUGGUUUAGGAAUUAGGACUGAAGCCAGAUAUUGAUAAGUUGAUACAUAUUGACACAGAUAAAAUGUUGGGACUGCUGUAUGUGUUUAUUUACAGUUUAUACUUUUUUAGGCAUUUGUAUAAAACAUUGCUUGUUGACUAAAAGAAGUUAUAAUCUUUCCUUUGAGAUUU